GGUAAAACGUAUUGCAUAAUGUUCUUCGGCCUGGAUUUUAUUAUUAAAGCAGAAACAGAAAACAAAUAUGCACGUCUUUAAAAUAAUCUUACAAAUUAUGAGAAAAAAGGUGAAAAAAAAAAACUGCUUUUACAAACAUGCUUCUUCAACAUAUCUGUCUUUCGUCCGGACUAGACAGGACAUGUUCCUUAGGCAAUGGUUAAGUGAUUGAAAGCCAAAGUGUGACCUUAAGUUAAAGGUUAUCUGUUACUUACUGUCCUUAUUUCAACAGUGUAGUAGUGCACCUAAUAACGAAAAAGCCCAUGCAACUGAAAAACACAUCUAGUCGUUUUCAAACACGUCCAUCAACUUUCACUUGCAGAUUGCUGGGAAGGUGUUAGUACAAUAACCGUCUUUGGCUAUCAGUGUCCAGCCAUUCCCGUUUUUUUUUUUUUUUUUCUGUGAAGUUCAGUGUUUUGUAUUCCUCUAAAUCCAGAGGCCAGUUCUUAUUGGUAGGUGGAAGUGUUACAUCACAAUGAUUAUGACGCGCCGUCUUCCUGUUUCCUUCAGCUGCGUCUUAAAGUGAAUCUUGUUGGUGGUAGAGAGCAGCUCUGCCUAGCUCGCCUCGCAGAGAAAUACAAUUACAGUCCCAGAAAGAAGAGCGGCGCAAAAGAGCUCUUUUCCUCUUUCACGCACAGCACUCUUGCCUGCCCUGAGAAAUUACAAUAUUCAUCACCAGCCGAACAGCCCUCUGUAUCUUCUUUCACUAGAAAAGACGCUCAAUUUCCUCUAAUCUGCUGAGGUCCCAGGAUUCUCGAGCUGUGCCCAGCUGACAAGCUUUUGAAGAUGGCACAAUAACAGUCGAGUGAUGCCUGACCAUGACAGCGCAGCCCUCUUAAGCAGACAAACCAAGAGAAGAAGAGUUGACAUUGGAGUGAAAAGGACUGUAGGGACAGCAUCUGUGGUUUUCACUAAAGGAAGAGCAACCUUAUUCAGUGCCAUGAAUCCCCACGGUUCAGAGCAGGACGUUGAGUGUUCAGUGGUGCAGCAUGCAGAUGGGGAGAAGUCAAACGUGCUCCGCAAGCUGCUGAAGAGGGCAAACUCGUACGAAGAUGCCAUGAUCCCUUUUCCUGGAGCAACCAUCAUUUCCCAGCUGUUGAAAAAUAACAUGACCAAAAAUGGUGGCACAGAGCCCAGCUUUCAAGGCAGUGGGCUCUCCAGCACAGGCUCAGAGAUUCACCAGGAGGAUGUCUGCAGUAACUCUUCGCGAGAAAGUCCCCAAGAGUGUCUUUCCCCAUUCAGCAGGCCGACCAUGAGCCAGUUUGAUAUUGAGCGUCUUGGCGAUGAGCACCUGAGAGCCAAGCGGGCCAGAGUGGAGAACAUAAUCCGCGGUAUGAGCCACUCUCCCAGCGUUGCUCUACGUGGAAAUGAGAAUGACAGAGAGGGGGCACCACAGCCCCCCAGCCCCCGGGAGAGUUACCGGGAAAACAAGCGCAAGCAGAAGCUGCCCCAGCAGCAGCAACAGAGCUUCCAGCAGCUGGUUUCAGCCAGAAAGGAGCAGAAACACGAGGAGCGCAGGCAGCUGAAACUACAGCUGGAGGAUAUGCAGAAGCAGCUGCGGCAGCUUCAAGAGAAGUUCUAUCAAAUCUACGACAGCACAGAUUCGGAAAAUGAAGAAGAUGGUAACUUGUCUGAAGACAGCAUGCACUCGGAUGGCAUGGACCACCAGGCCCAAGACUCAGUUGCUGACAGAUCAGACAACGAAAUGUCCGACUUGGACCCAGGGCAUUUCAUCGAUCGUGCACGUGCCCUCAUUAGGCAACAUGCAAUGAUGACAGAAAAGCCUAAAAGAGACAGCCAGAGAGGGAAAGACCAAGGGCCAGCCGCCAUGCACAUGGAAGGCAAGCAGCUGGCUGAGACAUUAAAACAGGAACUGAACACUGCCAUGUCCCAGGUAGUGGACACAGUGGUUAAGGUCUUCUCAAAACCCGUUCCUCAGGUCUUUCCACCCCUCCAGAUGCCUCAAGCUCGGUUUGCUGUCAAUGGGGAGAACCCAAACUUCCACACCGCCAACCAACGGCUACAGUGCUUUGGCGAUGUCAUCAUUCCUAACCCGCUAGACACUUUUACCAACAUGCAGAUGCCUAGCUCCAACGACCAGACAGAAGCACUGCCCCUGGUGGUUCGAAAGAACUCAUCUGACCAAUCAUCCUCCACUCCCACCCCUGUAGGCCAUCACCAUCACCACCCUUCCCUGCAUCCAUCUCCACUGUCAGCCACUGUGGGCUUUGGCUCUCCUUCUUUCCGCCACCCCUUCCCCCUUCCCCUCAUGGGCUACCCAUUUCAGAACCCUUUAGGCACCCCUUCGGGUUCCUAUUCGGGCAAAGACAGGGUGUCUCCAGAAUCCUUGGACUUGUCCAGGGAGACCACUAGUCUGCGGACCAAGAUGUCAUCCAAUCACAUGAACCAUCGAUCUUGCUCACCUUCAUACCCAGGCAGCACAACUGAAGGCCUAUCUUUAUCCCUCAUAAAGUCUGAGUGUGGAGACCUUCAGGACAUGGCAGAGAUUUCACCUUAUUCAGGAAGUACAAUUCAGGAAGGACUUUCACCAAACCACUUAAAAAAGGCAAAGCUGAUGUUCUUUUACACAAGAUACCCAAGCUCCAACAUGCUCAAGAUGUUCUUCUCUGAUGUGAAGUUCAACAGAUGCAUCACCUCUCAGCUCAUCAAGUGGUUCAGCAACUUUCGAGAAUUCUACUACAUUCAGAUGGAGAAGUUUGCACGUCAAGCGAUCAAUGAUGGAGUCACAGGCACAGAGGAGCUGAAUGUCACUCGGGACUGUGAGCUGUACAGGGCCCUCAACAUGCACUACAACAAGGCAAAUGACUUUGAGGUUCCGGAGCGAUUCCUGGAAGUGGCUCAGAUCACGUUACGGGAGUUUUUCAAUGCCAUUGUUGCAGGCAAAGAUGUUGAUCCUUCCUGGAAGAAGGCCAUAUACAAGGUCAUCUGCAAGCUGGACAGUGAAGUCCCUGACAUUUUCAAAUCUCCCAACUGUCUGCAAGAACUUCUGCAUGAGUAAAGAUUUCCACUGCUUUUUUUUUUUUUUUUUUUUUUGAAUGUAUAAAAAAAAAAAAAAAAAAAAAAAAAAAGUAGCUUUGCUAAUUGAUGCCCGGCCCAAAUAUUCUGAGUAUCUUAGCUCCUCCUCUUCUGAUAUCAUUCUUUUUCUUUUAAGACUUUAAACCCGUUGGGUGUUUUGACUGUGUGAACCCCUCCUCCUUUUCCCUGUUUGUGAAAUUAUCACUUUGCCAUAGUCUUAUGGCUAAUUGUACUGUUAACCUGAAAAUCUUCUGCUUUGGUCACUAAAAGGGUAGAUUUCAUGGAGAGAAAUUUGAAGUGUGUUAAGACAUUGCAGAGUAGGGCAUUAUGUUAUAAAUUGUAUAGAUUUUUCAAUUAUUUAUUAUUAUUAUUAUUAUUAUUAUUAUUAUUAUUAUUAUUGCAUGCUACAAAUGACAAAACUGGUAUUACCAUUUUGUUAAGUUAGUUGUUAUGUGACACUACAGAAAAUAAUUAUUAUUUUAUUUUUAUUUUAUUUUAUUUUUUUUUAGGUAAAUACUCAAGUUUAGGUUCUGUUUAGUAUUAGAGAUUGUGACAGAUGUUUUGUCAAAAUGCCACGUUACCUUUUUUCGAAAGAAGAAUUCAAAUGAUUUCUUUGUGUAUGUGUUUUUGUACCCUUGUGUAGUACUAACACCUGCCAAGAGAUGGCCCCGCUCCUAAGCCUUUUCCUCGACAGAAUAGCCUUUCCUGUAACUAAGCAACAUGGCCAUUUUCAUAUGGAGGCUAGACAGGUUUGCACAAAAUAUGGAUGCUUUGCUGCAGAGAGGCUACUCUGGCUCAUGUACACACACACACACACACACAGACUGGAACAUACAGAUCAUUGUUCUGGUUUUCUAAAUUAGGUCAGAUGGUGUUUCACUCUCCAGUUACUGAAAAAUAAUUUUGCUGUUUAUUUUUAUGAAUAUAAAAACACUACUUUUUCUAAAUAAACAAGUCUCAUCAAAGACCAAAAUUGUGAGCACAUGAUAGAGAUAUUGACAGUGCAAUAUCCCCGCACAGAACAUUGAUACUUCGCUAAGGUUCUCUGCACUUUUUCCGAGUUUAAAGCAUUUUUGUCUUUGAGAAGAAUAUAUUGAAUCGUACUCAGAUGGUGUAUAUUUUGUUGUGAUUCGUUUAAUUUAUAUAUGAGUAGAUUAAGUCAGAGCUGUGAAUAGACAAAGCUUUUCUGUAUUUUAUUUCGUAUUGUACUUGAACAGUUGAAAUAUAAAGUCUCACUGUAAUAAUUUAUCUGGAAGUGUUUUUGGUAAAACAUUUUUAAAAAAGAAAUAGUAAAAACUACUGACAAGCACAUCUUAAAAGGUACAUGAUGACAUUUUUAUUAUGUUGUGUUACAUGUUCCCACGCGUUGCUACAACUGUUUACAUAAGGGGUGUGU